UGCGAUCUGUUCUCGGAAAGAUCCUCGAUCUGCUCACAAAAUCCAAGAGCCUCCAACAGAAAAAGCUCAAGCAAACUCCCACACUGACAACAAGUCCAAGCAAUCGGCAAAGUACAAAUUCUUUUGGUAUCUCUCUCGCUCUCAUCACAAACAAACCAAACAAAACAAAACAAAACAAAACAAAACAAUAACAGAAAAAAUCAUUGCAUCCAGCAACAACUACUUCACCAUGUCAACCGAAGAACUCAAAGCCGCUCUCAUGUCUGUCCUUCGCGAUGGCGGAUACGAUCCUGAAUCCAUCGAGCAAUCAAGCGAGACGGCGGAUAGUUAUCGUGAAUUUUUGGGCAAUGCGCUCAUUGCGUCGGACACCCACUGGCGCGACGAAACCUUGACGUUGAUUGAUAAGGUCUGGCAACACGAAAGUGAUGCCCGUGCAACAAUCCGCAUCGAAGACUUGCCCGCGUUUACUACUGCUCAUGGAACCAACAUUUCUCUCUGGAAAGGAGACAUUACACAAUUGCAAGGAGAUUCCUUGGCCAUAGUCAACGCUGCCAACGCCCAAGGUCUCGGAUGCUUUGUACCUGGACACAGGUGCAUUGACAACUGCAUCCACCGUCAGGCUGGCCCUCGACUUCGAAUGGAAUGUCAAACCGCCAUGCAAAAGCGUGGCAGAACUCUGUCUGCAGGGACAGUACCCAUUGUCACCUCGGCCUACUUUAUGCCCAGCAGUCAUGUCAUUCAUGUGACUGGUCCUCAUGUCCAAAAGGGAACAUAUCCCACACAUUCAGACAAGGAAAAGUUGUGGCAAGCCUAUCAACUUGCACUCAGGACCGCCUCGAGGACGGAAGGCGUCAAAUCCAUUGCGUUUCCUUGUAUUUCAACUGGAAUUUUCGGCUUUCCGCAAGAAGACGCCGCUGGCAUUGCUCUUUCCGCCGUUCGAAGCUGGCUCGCGAGGCAUCCAGGUGUCUUGGACAAUGUGGUUUUCAACGUCUUCAGUUCCAAGGAUCAUGCCUUGUACCAGCAAACCAUGCCAGCAAUCUUUUUGGACAGCGAUGGCUUUGAAAGUCCUACAACAACAGUAGAAGAAGAAUCCAUGGUCUCUUCCUCCGAACAAACAGCGUCCAUGCGGCAGAGAACUAUUGACCUUGCCAAGCAGUGGAUCAACAAUGCUGAUGCGGUCCUAAUUUGUGCCGGGGCAGGUAUGAGUGUCAAAGAAGGAGAAAUGGUCUACACCAACCCGGAUGAUUUUGCCAAAGCCUACCCAUGGUUCCCCAAGUGGGGUUACAAAACCAGCUAUGAAUGCAUGGGAUUGAUGGGAGAUCAGUCUGUCCCACAAGCUGCAAAAUGGGCUCUGAAUGCAAAGCACAUGGACAAUAUGAGAUGGGCCUUUACACCCAACGAAGGAUACAAACAACUGCUGGAUCUGGUUGGCCAAAAGGAGUACUUUGUGCUUACUUCCAAUGUGGACGCUUGCUUUGAACGCAGUGGUUUCAACUCCAACAACAUCUACACUCCCCAAGGCGAAUGGACCUACCUUCAAUGCAUGAAUGCUUGCCAGCCGGAUUCAGUGUUUGAAUCUCGUCCCUACAUUGACCGCAUCCUGCCUCACAUUGGCCAGGACGGGUUCAUUCCGGAGGAGCUUGUCCCAAAAUGCCCACGAUGCGGAAGCGACAUGUUUGGAAACGUCAGGGGCGGGAAUUGGUUUUUGCACAAUAAGUAUGAAGCUCAGGGUACCGCACUUCUCAAGUGGAUGCAGCACAAGUUGGAUGCUGGAUCAAAAGUGGUUGUGAUCGAAAUUGGAGCUGGCUUCAAUACUCCCACCGUGACUCGUCUUCCCGUGGAAUCGUUUGCUCGAGAACUCGGCGACCGUGCCCGCCUCAUUCGUAUUAACCCCACGGAAGCUUCUGUUCCCGAAGACCUGAAUGCCGUUGCUCUUGAAGAGGGAUGGCAGGUGUUGGCUGAUAUUGGAGAGAGUGAGGGCAUUGAGGGAAACAAAACGACUGUGAAAGAGGAAGAACGUGGCGUGAAGCAGGCCCUAUCCGAUGCCGAUCUUCUAGUGUCGAAUAGCAUCAGAGUGCGCUACGCGAGGUACUUUGGCCAUUUGGAUUUCCGAAAGUUCCUUGGUCAACUUUGUGGUGAUUGAAAGCUGGGCUAGGUCGGAAAAUGAGCCUAUACUAUUAGUAUUUCCGUACGCAAGCUGGCCUCGAGAUUUCGUGAUGAAGAAUAGUAGGAAUAACCGAGUAAAGUGCAAAGGAUGCCAUGAGUUGCCGCAGUUAUUGUCCAAAUCGUAACAAGCUAGCUAGCUAGCUAGAGUCAACCGGGGUGGCCCAAUGUAGAAAUGUGUUUCUUGGAGCGGUUCUACCAGGUCUCGUUGGGCCUUUGGUCCUGAAGCAAACAAGGAAU